AGGUAGCAUCAGGCAGUGAGAAGAAGUUAUUAGGCUUGAAGGAGAAAACGAUUUGCCCAAAUAGGAAGCCAUUAGAUGAUGGGCCGAUGGACCACAUCUCACCUAAGGAUCUAGGCUUUGAGGCCAUUUCACUUUUUUCUUCCUACGAGGUAGAUACAUGUAGCUGCCCAGCCCCAACAUGGCUUUUGGAGGAGUGGGACAGUAGAAGCCCAUGUCUGGUGCCGAGACCGCGGGGCCUGCCUCAAUGAAGCCACCGUUUAUUGCAGAUCCUGAGCUUGAAGAGGCGGCUGCAGGCGGUCCUCCCCCCGCACUUCCUGUAGCACUCCCGCUGCUUUGCACCCCAUCCUCUGUCCCCUGUCGGAACGGGGAGGGAUGUGUUUCUCAGGAGUACCUCUGCGAUGGCAAGCCGGACUGUCAGGAUGGCUCGGACGAAGGGGACUGUUUCCGGGUCUGCAACAGACCAGGGGUCUUCCAGUGUCUGAACAGAAACCAGUGCAUCGAGGAGAAAUACCACUGCGAUGGGGCUCAGCAGUGCUUGGAUGGGUCUGAUGAGCUGGGCUGCUGGAAGCCCACUGAAGAUUGUUCUUUACGUUGUGACAACAAGACCUGCUGUAUCCCCAAGAGCUGGCUGUGUGAUGGCAAACGCAGACUGUUCUGACAAGAGAGAUGAGCAAGUUCAUGUAGAAUGCAGCGCCCCGGAAUUUCGAUGUGAGAACAGCCAGUGCAUCUCGAACUCUCUGCGCUGUGAUGGGAACCGAGACUGUGUGGACCACUCCGACGAGGACGGCUGUCCUGGGGCCUCGCCGCUGCAGUGCCCGUUGGGGGAGGUGAAGUGCCAGGGGAGUGGAGAGUGCGUGCCCGCUGCAUGGCUCUGUGACCGGGACUUUGACUGUGAAGACGGGACCGAUGAGCAGGACUGUGACCCGGAGGAGCUUCGCUGUGGCCCCAGGCAGUGGUCCUAUGCCGGCGGAGACCAGUGCGUGUCUGGCGUGUGGCGCUGUGAUGGGCAGAGAGACUGUGAGGACGGCAGCGACGAGGCUGGGUGCCCCCCCGCGAAGUGCCAGAGCUCUGAGUUCCAGUGCCGCUCCCACGGCUGCCUUGCCCUCCGCCUGGCGUGUGACGGGAAGGAGGACUGUGCCGACGGCUCCGAUGAAGGUAUGUGCUUGUGAGCAAGACUUCGAGCUGGGGAGCAGUGGCCAGGUCUGCAAAGAUGUGGACGAGUGCGAGAAGCCGGGUAGUCAGCCUUGCAGUCAGACCCGUGUCAACACCCAGGGCUCCUACAGCUGCACCUGUCACCCUGGCUACUCGCUGGAGCCCGAUGGCCACACCUGUAAAGCAACAGGUACUGAACCAAUCUUGCUGGUGGCGCUUCAGUUCAACCUCCUCCUCUAUGGCUUGAGGAGCUUGAAGGAAGACAUUCUGGCAACUGUAGACAAGAACGUGAUGAUUUUCUCUAUUGACUAUGACUUAGUGGGGCAGAAGAUCUUCUGGACUGAUCUCGAUGCAGAAAGCAUUAAGUGGAUAAGUAUGGACACAAAGAAGAAAGGGACCGUGGUGAAGGGGAUAAAGUCAGACUGUAUAGCGGUCGACUGGAUUGGGAGGAACCUCUACUGGGUGGAUGGGACAGCUGGCCAGAUUUUGGCAGUUCAGCUGACCACUGUGUGGAGAGGAAAAUCCGAGCACACGAUUGUCCUAGAUGAUGACUUGACUCAACCGCGGUCUUUGGCUUUAGAUUCCCUAAAUGGGUUAAUGUACUGGUCUGAAAUUGGAGGAGAACCUCAAAUAGAACAAGCUGGGAUGGAUGGUAGCAGCAGAAAAAUCCUCGUCAGUCAAGGUCUUGGCUGGCCAACCAGCCUGGCUCUCGACCGGUUGAGCUGGCAGAUAUUCUGGUCUGAUGACAAAUUUCACUGUAUCGGCUCUGCUCAUCUGGAUGGUACUGGAGUUCGUAUGUUGCAGCUAACGCAAAUCAAGCGCCCCUUUUCAGUCGCUGUGUUCGAAGAUGAAGUCUUCUGGUCUGAGAUGAAGACGCGAACAGUACAGCGCAUGAAGAAGACCACAGGCAAGAACAGAGCUGUCCUCAUCAAGCGUUCCCAACAGCCUCAUGGACUCAAGGUCCACUGUGUACUCUUCAAAAUAUCCCCCUAAUUCUCCCGGAAAAGGCUACGUGUAUGAGCUUCCCAAGUACAAACUGUAGUGACCUCCUUCCAUCAUGAUUAAA